GAUACAUUGAGGAGUAAAGGCAACGCUGCGGAUUGGUUUGGGUUUCAACUCCUUCAGACAAACAAUUAAAAGUGAACGAAACCGAGCUACAAAGUUUGUUAAACUGAUAGCAACUGUGACCAGGAACCAGUUGAAAGGCGAUUAAAAAGAAUGGCAAAGGCUGACCAGGAUACAAUUGCUUCGCUGAGCAUCAUGGAGCAAAUCAAAAUACUGAUCAAGCCGCCACCCAACGAAGAGGAGAAGCACUCAACACGCAGCAGCAACACCAAGCAUCCGUACUACAGGCGUCCUGGGCGGGGACAUAAUCAUGAUCUAUGUGAUGCUUGCGAAGAGGGUGGAAAUUUGCUAUGCUGCGAUCGUUGCCCCUCCAGCUUCCAUUUGCAGUGCCACGAUCCGCCGCUCAAUGAAGAAGAUAUUCCCACGGGACAGUGGUUGUGUCACAGCUGCCGCAUGGUAAAGGUAGCCCAGCCGUCGAAAUCCGGCUCCGUGGAACGCGUGCCCUCGGGAGGCAGCGGUUCGCGCGCCAAUACACCCUCUUCCAGCGAGCUAGAGUCCAUACCGCUGAAGAUACGCAAUUUACGUAAGCGCAGCAACAGCGAACGCAACAGUACCGAAAAACUGCUGGCCAAGAUGCCGCUGGCCAUACAGCGUGCAUUGGAUCCUAAUAAAAAGGUUACACCAUUGGAUGAUGUUAUACGGGCAGCCAGCAUGUUGAAUCCACUGCAGUUCUCACUACCCCCCGAGCUGGAGCUCCAUACUCAAUUUCCUGGUAGUGGGAAGGUGCAGCCGGUGCAUUCACAUCCCAGCAGCGGCGGCGGUGGUGUCGGCGGUGGUAGUGGAACUCGCAGAGCCAGUCAGCGUCGCAACUCCAAGCCUUUUGAGCUCGAUGGCCAGGGAUUGGUGCCGUUGCCCGCCAAGACAUGCUUCUAUUGCACGCGCAGCUGCAAGCGUGCUCCACUUGUAUCCUGUGACUAUUGUCCGCUGUACUACCAUCAGGAUUGUUUAGAUCCGCCCAUGACUUCACUUCCCGCCGGCCUCUGGAUGUGCCCCAAUCAUGUAGAAAAUUUUAUAGAUGCCAACAUGACGAAUAGUAUUUCGGCCACAGAGCGCGUGCGCUUAUGGAAUCGCUUCCAUCAACCGCUGGACCAUGAGAAUGUUAAAAUGGAGUUCUUCCGCCGUGUAAACACGCGGCAUCCGCCAUUUCGCAUGAAGACGAACGCACGCUCACGCGCCUACAUCGAUGUGCCAUCCAUUGUGCGUCACCACUACGAGCAUCCUCCACCGUUGCUGCCCUCGAUGCGCCAAACUUUGCGCUAUGAUCGUGUCAAGCGGUCCAAGCAGAUACCCACAGCUGUGGGCGAUAAUUCACGUGAGAGUGUAACUGAAUCACUGCUCAAGGAUUUGGAAGCAUUGCGCUGUGCGCAUGCCAAGUUUCGCGAAAUACAGCGCGAGCAUCCUCAUCCCGAGGAUCUAGAUGACAGCAAUAGCGACAGCGACGUGGGCAACGCAGCAGCAGCUGCUGAUCAGCAGUCAUCACAGCAGAGCAAUGGCACGCCAGUGUCGCUAAUACUGUUACGUUCAACUGAUAACACAGAGUCUGGCUCUGUCGACCAAGAGCAGCCGAAGCCAUCGCCAAGCAGCUGCGACCAGCAGUUGCACAUCGACAUAAGCUUCGACGAUGAGGAAGAGGACUCAAAGUCUUCCAACGCCAUUAUAGAUGCAGACCUUAGUUAUCUGGAUGUCGAUAUUAUAAAGAAGCUAGCGCAUCAGCGACUGCAGCAGCUCGUUGCAGAGCAUCCGGAAAUUGUGACGCAGUACAAGAAUCGUACCGCAGCGCGGCGUCUACGCCAGCUCUGCGCCAUGGAGCAGUCCAGCCCGCAGUCGGCUUUGCAAAGUGAGCUUUCUCCUGAGGACAUGUGCCACUUUUCGUUGCUGUUUACCAGUGAAACAUCUUCCAUACUAGCACAAAAGAAUGGCAACGCAGCCGACGAGGAUCCCAUGAUGGCGCUCCAUCCAGCGCUCGCUACAGCGGCUGCCAUUGCCGCUGCUGACGCCGCCGCUGAAAACUAUGUUCCGCGCCAUCUAAGCGACACCGAUAAAGCUUUUGAGUUGGCCUCCCGUCUGGAGCUCAAACUGCUCGAGUGCAAAGUGCAGGCUCGCGCUGUGCUAACGCCGCUGGGUGACAUGCUCGAGGAUAGUCGCUGGUUUAAUCCUCUAGGCCUGGAGCAUUCAAUCUUUAUGCGCUAUCGCACGCUCUACAUCGGCUAUGGUGGCCACUACUCGCCGUCGACUACGUUGGCACACACGGAGACUGUGGAUCUAUCGGCAAUUGGUUACUGCUCACGCAUUUCGCCGCAGCAUGCCAUCAUUUUCUAUGAUGAGUUUAGCAAGUCCUUUGAACUCAUCAACUACUCCGAGUUUGGCACCGAGGUUAAUGGUCAACUCUACACUUGCGAUCUGACAGAGUUCACGCCCAUGCAUGCUGGCAAACGCAUGCGUCCCGAUGAUUUGGAGCUGAAGCGACGCGUUGAUGAUCUGCUCGACAAACGUCGCCACAUUCAGCGACAAUUUGGGGUCAAGCAGGACUCUAAAGACAGUACCACAAUGGCGCCCAUGGUAAAGCCCGAAUGUCGUUGCCAAACUGCAGCGCCGCCGCCCAUGGUGCCUGGCGCCUGGGAAGGCUCUGCGGUGCUGGCACAUGGCACUCUACUGCGCUUUGGUUGUCUGCCGUUCGUCUUCUCAGUGCCCAGCGGGGAGCUUAUGAAAGCGGAACUUCAGUCUUCCGAGCAGUAAGUUACAGAUACUUUAGCCAUGUUAUCCAACCAGUGAAUCGAGAGAGGCAGCUAUGCACGAGUGUGAGCGAGAUGAAAGUCGCUCUCGCUCUCUUCCUCUAUUAUAUUAUAGUUGGUACUGUACAUGAAUUAUUGCGUUAUAGAACCCACACACACACAUACACACAAUUUUAAUUACAUCUAAUCAUAAUUCUUUAUUGCUAGAGGUAUCAUUUUGCUUAGUACCAACGCCAUUUGCUCUGUAUUUUUUUUCUCUCUCUCUCUCUUUUCUUCUCAUUAAAUUUUAGUAAUUGUAUAAAGCAUUGCGAUUGUAUAACAAAUAAAGUUGUA